GAAAUGUGUGGUGUUGUUAUAUUUUUGCGAGUCAAAUCGCUGCCACUACUACUUGCCGUCGUCAACAAUUAAAUAUGUUCUGUCUAUACAAAUUUUGUUAGUUUCUUGAUGUUAAUAUUUCAUUUAAUUGGAGUUACAUGUACAUCAGUGAAUAGUAAAGUCACUUUAUUUCCAAUAACUUUGUGGAUGCAUAACUUUUCGAAGAUUUUUUAAAUACAAUUCAUAAAUAUUGUCACAGGUAACUUAACCUCUUCAAACGUCACAUAAUUUAUUCCGUUGUGGAAUCAAUUUUUUUGUCCACCUUCGAGAUGACAUAUAAUAUACAAUAAAGAAUGAGCUGGUUUGAUGCCACUGGCUUUGCCAAUUUGGCUAUGACAGCUUUAAAGGAAGCUCAGAAAACGAUUGAUAAAGCAUUAGAUAUAAAAGAUGAAGAUCAAAAACCAGUAGAAACACAUAAGGAAGAUACAUCUGAUUUUUUUGCAUCCUGGGGAUUAAAGAAGGAAGAAGAUGUUGUUCACCGUGACAAAAGCAAAGAUUCUAAACAAGAUGCCACAAAUAGUAUAUGGGGCAGCUUUACUGGAUCAUUUUUUGAAUCACCAAAAUUUGGUGAAGAGGGACGCGAUGCAAAAGGUAUUAUUCAUUCAAAAUCUUUGCAAACCACUCCAACUGAAAGUGAUAAAACAAAGAUGCAAAAAUUUGCAUCCUCUUUAUCCCUAUCGGAGGACUACAAAGAUAAGAAAUUAAGUCCAUCGAAAAAUACUAAACGUAUAAAAGAUUGCAAGGAAAAAUCUGGAAGUGAUACAAGUUAUGAUAUUCCUAGUCAAGAUAUUGCUUCUGCAUCCACUUCUAAUGUAUUGGUGCCAUUAGUUCCAUCUGGCACAGUUAUUCCAGCAGAUACAGCUUCCAGUAAUGAUGAGAAACUUGAAGAUUGUCUGACAAGUUCUACAGAAAAAUUAGCCAAUGUAGUUGAAUCUUGUUUAGAUGAAAAUGAUACAAUUUCUAAAAAUGAUCAGGAUGAGAAGUCAGAGUGUGAGAAGAAAGAAGUUUCUGAACAUAAUUCUAAUUCUGAAAGUUCUUCAUCUAUCAAAUUAUCUUUUUUAUCUCCUGGGAGUGAUAAGAAAAGUUUGGAAAAUGUUGAGAUUCUUGGUUCUCGAUCUAAUACCAAUUGUACUACUACUCCUGAGUCAGAACGUAGUUCUCUUAGUAAUUUAGCAAGUCCUUCAACCAUGGGUACUAAGGUCAAUUCUGAAUCAGUUGAAGUAUUGCCAGAUAGUUUAGUUACAUCUCCAAGUUCUGUGGAAAUUUUAGGAGAGUGGAAAAGUGAUAGCAGUCCUUAUAUAUCUCCAGUAGAAUCAGGACAUUCUGAAUUGCCAUAUGAAUUAGACAGGGAUGACACAAUUACUCCUUGUUGGGAAGAUAUUAAUGUUGCACAGAUUGCAAGCAAGAAUAAUCAGACAAAUGCAUCAUCUCCCAAUGUUUCUUCAUAUGACUCUCCAGUGGAUGAGGCCAAAACACCAUGUAACAAUUUGAGUACAAACAUUAUAGGCAAUACAUCAGCAGGUGCAUAUUCAGAUGCACACUCUAAUAAAACAGUAUCUACUGAACAUAUUCCAAUGGACACUUCAACAGAGAAUAUAGAAGCAACACACGAUACGAAUGAGCCAGAUGAAGUUAGUUUAGCAGAAGAUUCCUACACUUCGGCUUCGGAGACUACCGUCAUGACGAUAUUAGAAACAUUUCAACAAAAAGAGCAAAUCAAGAGUAAGAUGGAUAUACCUAUUAAUGCAUCUUCAAGCGGACAAAUGCAUGAUUUGUGUUCAGAUGGAAAGCAAAUGUUGAAGAAAGGAAGUAUGGACGCCUCUUCGAAUUUGAAUUUAAAUUUGGACUCAAUGAAUGAGAAACAUAAUUUACAUUUGCCAAUAGAAGCAAUCACAACGCAACCGAUUCGGAAACCAGAAUACUUUGAUGGGAGUAAUAAAAAAUCCGAAACCGAUUUGAGUAGCUUUGAUCGAUUGAUAAACGCUACUAUAGAACCAGCGGAACCUGAACGGUAUUCUAGCGAUGAAGCUGCGCAUCCAUUUAAAUCCGAUACAUUAGAUAUUACUGAUCAGCAUUUAAUAUCAACGGACUCAAGUUGUGAAGGAACUUUAAUAGAGAGUAGUUCGGAAGACAAUCCACAGUUGAUUCAUAAAUCGGAAGAGAAAAUUUUAGAGGUUCCAUUAAGUGCUAGUUCCUAUGUAAAAACAAUGUUAGCGGAUGCGAUGAUCGAAAAGAGGGAAAUCAUAGAGAUGGAAGGACAAACCUCAGAUAUGCCUAGAGAAAAUUCACCUAUUUCGUCAGAAAGUCGGUCUGAUUUAGUUAAAAUUGGUUCGGAUCAAACCAGCGGUCAUACCAGUGGAGACGAAUUAGAAACUACAACCUCUAGCGAUAUUGAAAUUAUAUCCAGUCCAAACGGCGAUUCAAGUUCGACACAGUCUCGUCAAAGCUUGGCAAAGUUAUCAAAAGGUGUGGAUCUCCUAACGAAAACCUUAAAAACCAGAGGACAUUCCAGGGAACUGAGCGAAAUUAGCGUUGGAUCUGACGAGGCAAAUGUUGAGAUAGAAAAGUUAUUAAAACGUAUACAAGAAAUGACUGAAAUAUUAGAAGCCCGAGAAUCAAAGCUUAUCGAUGUCAGUAGAAUAAACGUUGAAUUGCAAGAGCAAAACAAUAAUUUAAAAAAGCAGUUGGAUAAUUUUGAAAAAAAUGCAGAACAGAAUCAAAAUUUGAAUCAAAUCACUGAUGAAUACACUCAACGAUUAUCCGCCUUAGAAAGAAAAUUUCAACAAGCAAUACGAGAACGAGACUCUCUUAGGAAAAAUUUGGAACAGUUAAAAGUGGAAGCAGCUACUCGUUUGUCCUCCCAAGAAAUGUUUACUUUGAGCGCCGAGAAAGACGAAAUUAUUAAGGAACUUAGAGAGGAAGGAGAAAAAUUAAGCAAACAACAACUUCAACACAGUAAUAUCAUUAAAAAAUUGCGAGUUAAAGAGAAAGAAAACGAUGCUUUAAUAAAAAGUCAAAAAGAGCAAAUAGAAGAACAGACCUCAGAAUUAGAGCGCUUAAAAAGAUCACUGCACGCGAAGGAAGAGGUUGAGCGAUCUCAAAUAGAAGCUGUCCAUACAUUAACAGCAAAAACGAAGAAGCAAGAAAAAGAAAUAUUAACACUGCAAGAAAAAUUAGAUAGUACUUUGCAUAAGAUGGAUGCAUAUAAGACAAGUUUGGACGCUGCAAAAAUAGACUUGACCGAAACGAAAAAAAUUUUAGCAGCAACUGAAGCGGAAUUAAAGGAGGUAGCGAAUAGCGCUGGAGAAUCAUGUCAACUUCUUGCGCAAGUAGAAGAGCUGAAGAUUAAAUUACGGGAAUCCGAGGAAACGCAUGUCAAGAAAGAAGAAUUUCUUAAGCACGAAAACAGCGAGUUAUUAAAACGCUUAGAAGCUGCUGAAGCUAGAAGCGAAGAAUUAUCAGAAUCUGUAUCGACGGCUACGAAACCAUUGCUAAGACAAUUGGAACAACUUCAAGCAAAUUUAUUACAUAAAACUAAUAAUUUUAUGAAACAAGAGAAAGCAUUGUCAGACAAAAAUAUCGAGUUACAAACAAAAGUGGAAAAUUUAACCGAAGCUGAUCGUUAUCUGAAGGAAGAAAAUGUUAAUUUAAAGUCUAAAAUAUCUCAGUUGGAAUCAAAACUUGUUACCAAAGAGAACGAAAAGACUCGUCUACAAGAACUGUGCGACGAGCUGACGGCUCAGAAAGAAAAGCUAACUGAAGAAAAGUUUGGACUUCAGCAAAAGAUAGAAACUCUCGAACAGUCUUAUUCUUCACAAAUAACCGAGUUGAAGAGAGAAAUUGUCGCGUUAGAAAAUAAAUUAGCUAUAGAAAAAGCAGCCACCGAUGCAGAAAGGAGGAAAAAUCAUGCAAUAUCAGAGCAGCAACAAAGUAUUGAAGACAACGAACCAUUUAACCCUAUUGCUAGCACGGAGCAAGACUCUGUGAAUGUUAUAAACAGUAUUUGGCCGCUGCACGACUCUAUUGCUGAAGAUAACAGCGAAACGUAUACAAUGAAUUUCGAUAGUAUUAGAACAGGAUCGGGUAAUACUUCUAUAUUUGAGAACUUACAAGCUCAAUUGAAGCAGAAAGAUGGUGAAAUACAACAACUCCAAUGGGAAUUAUCACGACGUAAUGUAGAAAGGGAUGCUUUGAAUACGGAAUUAUCUACGUUAACCUUAAAGAUCGAAGAAUUAAAUACUAAAGUAAUAGACGUUGCAGUUUUAAACGAAAGUUUGCACGAAAUACAGACAAGGUACGAUGCAUUGUUACAAAUGUAUGGAGAAAAAAUGGAGGAAAAUCAAGAAUUGCGUUUGGAUCUUGAAGAUAUCAAAGAAAUGUAUAAAACACAGAUCGAUCAGCUCUUGAAAAGAGAUACUUGAAAUUGUCCUUUCAAGUUAAAUUUACUGGUUGAUCAAAUACAAUAGGCGUGUUAGAAUCAUAAAAAUAUCAGCAAUUUAAAAAUCUGUAGGAUCAGACGAGGGUAGAUAUUUGUUCCAUCUUCAUCAAUGAAAUUGCCCAGGCUAGAAGACAGUAAAUUGAAAAGACUGAUGGAAAAUUCUGUAAAUUAUGUAGGAUUAAGGGUUAUCAUUCACUGAAAGGAAAUUAAAUUUUAUCUGCUGCUUGCUGUUCUUUUGACAAAUCGAAGCUCUUAUUUAAAUGAUUUGACAAACAAGUCUAUCUCGAUAACUGAUAAUUCGUAACUGUAUUCGAUAAUUUCACAUCCUAACACUUAGUUUUAUGUAAAAUUACAAAGUAUGCAAUGUAAAAUUUUGCAUUGCCAUUUAACACUAUCAUAACAGGGUGGAUAGUUCUUCGAUGAACAGUUGUCGAAAUCAAUCUUUGUGCUGGGACAUGUGUUUGCACGUAUACUGUAUAUUGUAUACUGUAUACAAGUAGAAUAAGAUAAGCCACGUGAUACAAAGUGUAAUAUAAAGUUUUCGAUAUUGUAAUAUAGAAUUGAAGUACAAUGUGAUUUAUUAAAAAAUUACAUUUGUUCGUUUACUGAGAGUUUUAUUCUAUGUAAGGUGUGAUGAUUCUUUUAGAGUAGUGAUUAAAACGUGAGAAAGAGGGGAAGGAUUUUGAAUAUAACAUUGUAUGAAUAUUGGAAAAAAAUUCGGGUAAAAUAAUGUAAAAGUAAUUGAAAAAUUAUCUAAGAAUUUUGGUUAAAGAGGAGAGGAAACAAUUAAUAGUACAGUAAAAAGAGGUGUGCGGUAAAUGAAUCGCAGACAAGAAUGCUUUUCAAAAGUGUAAUUAAACCGAAGGGAAUACAUCUUUCUUCAUAGUUUUA